AUGUCUCAACAACCUCAUAUCUCUAAGGGCUCUUAUGUGCAAAAAUCAUUUCUUAACCUCAAAGGGCUAGGUCAUGAUUUGGCCGGCUCGGUUUCGUCAAGAACAUCGUUAUCACAAUUGAAGUUGAAUCAGCUUACUGUGGGCAAAAACUGGGGAUUUCUCGAAGAUUACGGACUUGAGGAGUUACGAGAUGGGUUUUUUGACCCUAUAUAUACCAAACAUGAGCGAGUCCAGGCUGACGGAGAUGAUGAUGAGCCGAAAUCUGCGUGGAAAAUUGAUAUCAGCGAAGUGGUUAAAACUGAACUGAAUCUGAUUCGGGACAAUUGGAAACAGAUCGCGAAGUAUUUCAUUGCGUUUUUCGCUUCCAUUUGUAUCUGUCUCGUGAGACCGGCAGGAUCAUGGAUGGGCCAUAGUCAUCGACAAUUUUUGCCCAUAGCGGUGUUACUGCAUCAUCCUGUGAGAAGUAUCGGUGUUCAACUUGAAGUCUCGAUUUUUGCGAUUUUGGGUAACGUUUUGGCGCUUGGUUGGUCAAGCUUGGCAUGGUAUAUCUCUACAGCUACUGGACCGGCUGCCUCGCAUCAAGGUGGUGUAUUCUUUGCAAGCAUGUUCAUAGCCGUUUUCCUUGCUGCAUGGCUUAGAACCGCUUAUAUGAGGUUUUUCUACUUUUCACAAUCUUUUGGUAUGGGCAUUAUCUAUUUACACACCGCCAGUUUAGCGUUUUCGAAACGCAGCCUGCACUGGCAACUGUUUUGGGAUUUUGGAAUUUCCAAUGUUUUCGGGAUCGCGCUGUCGUUACUGGUAUGUGCGACCAUUUUCCCGUCUUUUGGGAAUUCGGAAGUUAUAAUCAUGCUUACGGAGACUCUGGAUUCCAUGAAACAGUUUCUGGUGACUUUUGUAGAUGCCGAAUAUUGUCACGAUCUUCAAAAAUUGCAUUCUUUGCAAAGGCAUCUCGUGGCAACGUUUGAUGUCACUCUCUCUCAGGGUGUCAGAGAAUUUGCUAACCAAAUAACACUAUCCCGAAUGGAUCAUAUCCGCUUAAAGGAGCUCCGGAAUUCUUUGACGAUCGCUGCUUCCACGCUAAAGAUCUUACCGGUGGCACAUAAGCUGAUUUCUAAUCUUGAACUGGAGGAAUUUUAUCACAAGUGCGAGAACCACUCAAGCAGUGGGACCGGAACCGAUGCUUCAUCGCCACCAAGUCUUCAUCAAACCCCAACGAAAACAGAGAAUCCCUCAAGCGACCAUGAUCUAAGCGUCUUGAGGUCAACGUUCUCUGAUACAAUUUUAAUGCUUCUGGUAGAGAUGAUAUCAACACUGGAAACAAUGAGUACCACUCUGGCCAAACUGUCGAACGCAGAAGAUCGAAAAACAAAUUUGCAGAAAAUCUGUCAAAAUCAUGAUAAGCUAAAGCUUAGAAUUGCACAGCUGGAUAUGGGUUACAGAAAAUUCACAAAAACGCAUUACUUUAACAAAGAGCUCUUGAGUGCUUCGUUCUCAGUGGACAUCUUUCUCUUUCUACGUUAUAUUCGUCAGACGGCCAAAAAUCUGAUCAUUUCGGCGCAUAAUGUAUCCGAUAUUGCAGCAAACGCACAUUGGAAAUUGAAUUUACCCCAUUACCCUCUUCGGAGAGCUUUAGUGAGACUUCCAGCCCAAUGUAACCUUGAUCAGGGUGCAACAACUAUUUUUGAAUAUUUUGAAGCAAAAUCUGACGUUGAUGACAUAUUUGAGUGCUUGUACAAUAGUUACACCUCGACUCAUUCACAUUUGAGACCCACAAUUAGCAAAAACCAAAUGAAUGCCACCAUCAGAGCCAUAGAUCACAAAGAUUUUAGUCUUCACACUACCCAGAAUACUUUGAGAUUCAAGCUGUGGCUCUUGAGCAGGAAAGUGGUCUCUGAUGAAAGUAAAUGGGCCUUUAAAAUUAUCUUUAUUCUCACUUUCAUGGCGCUACCCUCGUGGCUUCCUGAAUCACUUCAUUGGUAUGAAACAUAUCAGUGUUGGUGGUGCCCAGUGCUAUAUUUUCUUCUGAUCAACAGGAGAAAUACUGGCAAUUGGGACACGGUUUUAAAAAGGUCCUUAUGCUGCUUGCUGGGAGUCUUUUGGGGCUGGUGCGCCAAUCAGGCAAGGCACUUCAGCAGUCCAUACGUUAUUGGCUGUUUUGCAGGUCUUAUAGGGUUUCUCAUCAGUUGCUUCUUCUUCUCGCAUAAAUCUCCAAAACUAGCAUUUAUCACAUUGAUGAGUUUCUCGGUCAUUGCACUUGAACCUUACAGCGCGAAUGCCUUGUCGUUGGGUACUGCCGUUAUCUGGAAAGAUACGUGGGUCACAGGUCUGGCGCUUUUUUUCGGAGUCACUCUCUCAUUACCAACCAAUUGGAUUGUCUGGCCGUUCAUGGCUCGCUACGAGCUUGCCCCUUCGAUUUCGUCUUUGCUUGGCCAUAUAAGCCAAUCUUAUCAGUCAAUAACCGACCGAUACCUGUACCGGGAUGCGAACGAUGAUCCAACUGGCUUGACACUCAAGUUCUCGACUAUCAGAGAGGUGAGACUAUCGCAAAGCUUGACAGCUCUCAGAGAAUUGCUUCAAAGUGCAGAGAAUGAGCCAAUAUACAUUUCCAAUUUCAAGCCUUUGCUCUACACGCAGCUAAUGGAAGCGUGUGACUACCUAUUAGAAAGAAUGAUUGCUGCCAGAAUUUCUGGUCGGUACUUCGAAGUCUGGGAUCGAGACAGGGACAGCGAGACGACCAGAGCUUUAUUGUCCCUACGUCGCGACAGUGCUGCGUCUGUUAUAUUUGUCCUAUACAUGCUAUCGAACUGCUUCAGAUCUAAAAACAAAGUUCCCAAAUACCUUCCCAAUCCGAUAAUGGCAAGAAAGAAGCUCUUUGACUUUAUUUCAAAGUUCGAGAUGUCUGGUGGAGCCAAAGUGUGGUCAGCAGGUGGGAAAACUCUAACUUCGGAAACUGAUGCGUGUCCCGAGCGUUCCAAAGAACCUGGCGCGGACUACGAAAAAGAACACUGGACUGAAGUCCACGCAAUGGCUUUUUCACGCGCAUAUACCGAUAUAGCACAUGCUCUCCAGAAAGUGGUCGAACUCUCCAAGGAAAUACUUGGUGAAGAACUUUGA